AUGGGGUCCAAUCUCAUACCCAUCCUUAUCGCGAGCGUCGCCGCCUGGCUGCUCUACCACUUCGUUGUCCACCCUCUCUUCCUCUCAUCGCUGUCCAGGAUUCCUGUCCCGCACUGGUCAUGUCACAUCUCUCCCCUCUGGGUCCUCUACUUAAGGAAGACGAAUUGCCAAAACCGGACCCUCCAUCAAGCGCACCGCAGACUUGGCCCAGUUCUGAGAAUAGCCCCCAAUGAGCUGAGCCUUGACGGUUACGAUGCUCUCAAGACGGUGUACCAGGGGGGGUUCGAAAAGGAUGAGUGGUACUCCAUCUUCGAUAACUAUGGCGUCCCUUGUAUGUUCUCAACCCUCCCCUCCAAACCUCACUCCCUCCGCAAACGCAUGGUCUCAAACGUCUAUGCCAAAUCCUUCAUCCAUGCCUCCGAGGCGGCCGGUGCCCAAUCUCGCGUGAUUCUCUUCGGCCGUCUCCUGCCCCUUCUCUCGGCCUCGGCGUCUGCUGAAACCCUGAGCUCCGACGGCAUUGACGUCUUCUCCACCUUCCUCGCCACCGCGAUGGACUUCAUCACGGCCUACAUCUUCGGCCUCCGCAACGCCACGGAUUUCAUCCGCGACAGGGCCUACAGGGACCAUUGGCUCCAGCUCUACCUAGCCCGGGCGAGCCACGCCUUCUGGCCCCAGGAGCUGCCGCGGUUGACGGCGCUCUGCGCCAAGGUGUCCCGGGGCAGGUGGAAGCCGUACCCGUCAUGGGUCGACGGUGCCAACGCCGAGAUCGCCGCGUGGAAUAAGAAGCUGUGCAAGGCGGCUGGUAUUGCUGAAGAACAGGAAGAACAAGAUCCUGCGGACGAACCCGUUGUGCUGCGCGCCCUGGAAGCCGGCAUCGAGAAGGAGCGCCUCGCAAACGGCGAAGCGUCUCUCCUCUACCACACCACGAUACUCCAAAAGGACCUCACCGUGGCUUCCGAAGUGAUGGAUCAAGCCCUUGCUGGCCAGGAAACCGCCGGCAUUGCCUUGACAUACCUCGCCUGGCACCUCUCCCAAUCGCCCGCCCUCCAACUUUCCCUCCGUCGUGAACUGCUGACCCUCUCCCCGUCCCUCGCGAUGCCUUCGGACGCCUCCCUCCCCGCACACCUCCCGGACCCAAAACAGGUUGACGCCCUGCCCCUUCUCCACGCCGUCCUCAUGGAGACUCUCCGCCUUCAUGCCCCGAUCCCCGGUCCGGAGCCACGGCGGACUCCACACUCCCCGCCCUGCCGCCUCGGCGGGUUUCACGUCCCGGGCGGCGUCCGUGUCGCGGCGCUGGGCUACACGCUCCACCGCAACGCCCAAAUUUUUCCGCACCCAGAGACCUGGGACCACACGCGCUGGAUGGCGGACUCGGAUAUCGACGACGAGCGGCGCAGGGAGAUGGCGCGGUACUUUUGGGCGUUUGGCAGCGGCGGCAGGAUGUGUGUCGGCUCCAACUUUGCCAUGAACGAGAUGAAACUCAUCGCUGCGGCGAUUUGGACAAACUUCACAACCCACAUCGUGGACGACACGGAUAUUGAUCAGGACGACACUUACACGGCUAGACCAAUAGCCGAGCGCCUGAUUCUGAGGUUUGAACAUGUAUAG